AUGUCACAAUCAUCCAGUGACUUAAGGAUACAUAUUGGGAAUAUCUCACCAAAAUUACAAUCCAAUCCAGCGUCAUUAACGACACGUAUUGAAAAGUUUGGAAAAAUAUCCUCCGACUUAGAAUUUCAUACCAAACCUUUGAAUGAUCACUACUUCGCUUAUGUCACCCUUCAUACUACUUCAUCCGAAUAUGAGAAAUUGAAAAAUGCUCUAAAUGGUAUGGUAUUCAUGGGCAAGAAAUUAUCUAUAUCGUUAGCAAAACCAUCAUUUGAUAAUCGUCUUCAAGAAAAACCCGAUUUCCAAAGAUCAGAAAGAUUGAAAAGAGAUAAAAUAAGUCAAACCAGAUUAGCCAGAAUUCAAGAAUCAAAAGCAACAUACUAUACAAACAGCAUUACUUCAUCUUUAAUUACCCCGCCUUCUUCCACUUUGACAAAUGCCCAAAAUUUUUCACUUUCGCAACACACUUUCAACAAUACUUCUGGUAAUACCAAAUCCACCCCUCCCAGCACAAGGCUCCUCGGUUCCAAUUCGUACGGUUCAUGGACGAAACCCAAGAAUAGCUUGACCCAUCUUCAAAGAUACGCAUAUACACUGGGAGGUGGAGAAAUCAUUCCAGGUCGUCACAGAACAGCAGAAAGAUCCGCCACAGCUAAACGUCAACAGACAUUGCGUAUAUUGAUGAAUGGUGAAUUGAAACAAGUCAAAGGAUACAAAACAAAACUAUGGGGUGUAGAAAAGGACAAAACCCUGAGAGAUUUGACCUGGAGAUACGUGAAUGGUGCAUGGAAGAGUGGUGAUGAUCAUAUUAUCGAAAAACGCGUUGAUAAAUGUGCGAUUAGUGGUGUGGAUGCACUCAGAUAUGGGAAGGAGGUUGAAAAAGUUCAUGGAGAAAACGAAGAAGAGACCGAUGGAAUUGAUGGUGGUGAUGAAGAGAAGGAAAUGGAUAAAAAUAAAAUAAUUUUGGCGUCGCUUUUAGAUAAUUUUGAUUUUGAUAAGCCGGUCGAUGUCGACCAAGACACACUUGGUAUAGAUAAAGAAGAUAUUAUAGUCGAUAAGAAGGGGAGAAAGAAAGUUGUGAGAUAUGAUUAUGAAGUCGCUGGUAAAUUAAAUGAAGAGGGCAAUGUUGAUGAAUCUGAGGGAACAACGAUGGAUAGCCACCUUGCGAACGAAUUAAUUCAUUCCCAUACCGAAACCUUACAACGUCCACAAGAAGAAGUAUAUUAUGACGAAGAUGAUGAAGGAAAUGACCUUGAUUUGGAUGACUUGGGUCAAAAGUUCACCACCGAAGCUAUAAACCAACAAUACAACGAAGAUCAUGAAUUCGAAGCAGUUUCAGCGGAAAAAGAUCAAGCAAGUCCCCAAAUACAAGAAAUCCAAGAAGAAGACGAAGAUGAAGACGAGCCAAUGCCAACUUUUGGAAACUCCAUCACAAACAAUACCGAGACUUUGCGAUCAUUGUUUAAUCCAACUACUUCUUCAUUCCUGAGCAACACCAUACUGGACGAAACAUCGGGUGGAUUUAAACUUGCGUUAUCUGAUGACGACGAUGAUAUUGAUGUUUCUAAGCAGCACUUAAUCGAUGUUCAAAAUGAUAUCGAGCUGGAAAAAAUUAUAAAACAGAUCCAAAAGAAGCAAGAAAUGGAGAUCCAGAGAGCUAGAUCUAAUAGGUUUGGAUUAUUUUGGGCACAUUUAGAUUCGCCUUUCUUAGCCACACAAUCUCAAUUAAGUAAAAUUGGUAGCGUUCAUGAUACCAUCAAAUUACCAGGUGAAGAAGUUGACCAGAAAGCCGUUGGUGAUGAUAAUGAUGAUGAUGAAGAAACUGCUUUUGAAAAAUGGUUCUGGAGCAUGAGAGGUGAAAUAUCUAGAGAAUGUAAGAGACGUAGGCGAGAUGUCUUGCGUACUAUGCGUAAGAAAUCUGGAAAGUUUCUGUAUUAG